AUGUCUUCUGACAAGGAAGACGGACACAUUCGUCUCCUUGGGGACUGCAAACCCAAAGACGAGCCCCAUGAGAAGGCCUACCAGCCGGCCAAUGCCCUGUACGAUCCCGCGCCGAACCGCAAGAGGACGUUUGUGCUUUGCUUUGACGGGACAGGGAACAAGUUCCAGGGGACCGAUGCAGACUCCAACAUCCUCAAGAUAUUUCGCAUGCUCGACAGGAGCGACGGAACGCAAUUUCACUAUUACCAGCCCGGGAUCGGUACCUAUGUCACUACUGGCUCCUUGAGCCAUACUUCGCAUUGGCAGCGCUUCAAAUCUUGGUAUCUCAAGUCCAAAGACUCGGCCAUUGGCACUUCUUUUGCCGAACAUGUCAUGGGAGGUUACAAGUUUCUUAUGAGGUACUAUCUACCAAAUGACGAGAUCUAUUUCUUCGGAUUCUCUCGUGGCGCCUACAUUGCGCGUUUCCUGGCCGAGAUGCUAGACCACGUCGGCCUCCUCACUGCCGGCAACGAGGAAAUGGCACGCUUCGCAUGGAAGACGUUUCAAAAGUGGCAGACUCGUACCGAGCGCAAUGACGAAGAGAAAGAGGAAAAGGAACGCCUGCGUGACUACAUGUGUGCCUUCCGAGAGACCUUCAGCCGCCCUGUUCGUCGCAUCAGAUUCCUGGGCCUCUUUGAUACGGUCAAUAGCGUGCCCGCUUUCGAAGGCCCGUGGAUGCAGCGAAGCAAAUUCCCCUACACUGCCCGCAGUACGGCUAAGGUCAUUCGUCACGCAGUAGCUAUUGACGAGCGCAGGGCCAAGUUUCGUCAAGAUCUCAUCUCUGAAGUCAAAACAGACAAGAGGAGAAAGCACCGCCACUUUCGGUACAGGAGUCACAUGGAAACAAAGUCCUUUACAGGCCAAACUGAUGUCACGCAAGCUGGCCAAGAGCGUCACAACCAGUUCACCCGCGAACUGCAGGUUCCGCGAGCCUUCCGCGACAGUUCAGAGACAUCUGGGCUCAGAUCCAUGAGCCCCGGCCUCUCGUCUCGACGACAGAGACGUGGAAGCCGGUCAAACCUCAGUUCAGUGUCUCGUGUGUCUUCCAUCCAGCAUGCAGGCGGCUGUGAUUCCGACGAUGAGGACCAGGACAUUCAGGAAGUCUGGUUCGCCGGUUGCCACGCCGACAUCGGCGGCGGAUGGGGUCUUGAAGAAGGCGAGGACGCCUCUCUGAGCCACGUUCCGCUUGUCUGGAUGGUCCGCGAAGCCCAACGUGCCGGUCUUCGCUUUGACGAGUACAAGCUGCGCGCCUUGAACUGCAGCCCAGACGAGGAAGAGGCGUAUAUCGAUCUUCCCAAUCGCGAUGACAACCCCGACCACCAAAUGACUGCCCCCCCAGAGAUCCAAAUCAGCGCCGCCACCCCUCCUCUCGAGAGCCGGUCACGUUCCUACCUUGGCCCUCUUCCACAGCUGAGAAACGGCACCUCGGCAACCACAAACGGCGACCAGGGAGCCGGGAACGCCGCUGGGCAGGAGGAGCACCCCACACGCUUCCACGCACUCCUGCACUCAUCGGCCACGGCUGGCAAGAUUCACGACGUCUUGUGCUUCAACAACGGCGCAUCGCGCCUGUCCGUCAUCAGUUGGAAUUGCAUGGAGUGGAUCCCGUUCCGCCGCAUGGACCUGACCCCGGACGGCUCGUGGCGCAGCAUCGCAUGGCCACUGCCCAAGGGCGAGGUGCGCGACGUGCCUGAAAAUGUUGCUGUUCAUCAUACCGUGCUGCGCCGUAUGCAGCACGACAAGGAUUACCGGCCGGGAAAUCUGAUCGUCGGAGGUGGCGGGAGAGGCGUGCGGAAGGCCCCGGAGCACCUGGGAACGGGCAAGUGGAAGGUGUUCAAGGAUGAGGGCGACGCAAUUGGGGAAGUGUGGGUGAGGGCCUAG